AUGAUAAAGGAAUUUGUAAUACUUUUACUACCAUGGUUACAAAGAGUUAUCAGUAUUGGCUUUCAUGACAUCCCGGGAAUUUACUGUGCAAAACGGUCAUCAACAUGUUGUCCAAAUCGUGAUGAUGAAUGUACGAUGCCAAUCCUAGGAAAUCAUCUCUGUUAUUGUGAUAUGUUUUGUGAUCGAGGCGAAUAUGGCAAUGAUUGCUGUCCAGAUUUCAAGGCGGUUUGCCGAUACAGACCAAGAACAUUUGCGCGAGGUCAGGUAAUUUGA